AUGCGGUGGUUACGGUUAGGCCUGAAGGUUUUGAUUGUUAUUUUGACUCUGUCGAGCUCGACCAGAUGCCAAAGCAGACGGAGGAAAGGACAGAGGGAGGACAACCAGAUCAUCAUCAAUGAGGCCAAAACCCUGAUCUGCCCAGUGGAGAUUAUGUUCAUUGUGGACAGUUCGGAGAAAGCCAAAGCUCUGCUGUUUGAGCGACAGAAGGAGUUCAUCCUACGUUUCAGCAGCAGGCUGAUGCAGCUCCACUCCGCUGGCUGGCGGCUGCGCCUGCGCCUGGCCGCUCUGCAGUACAGCAGCACGGUCUCAGUGGAGCACAACUUCAGAGACUGGCAGGAUCUGGACGUGUUCCAGAGCCGGGUGGCCACCAUGACCUUCAUCGGACACGGUACCUACUCUGCCUACGCCAUCACCAACGCCACCCAGGUGUUCAGCCGCGAGACGUCUUCCAGCAGCCUGAGGGUGGCGCUGCUGAUGACGGACGGAACGGACCACCCUCGCAGCCCCAGCGCCGUGACAGCUGCUGCUGAGGCCAAGCAAUACAACAUCAGGAUGUUCGCCAUCAGGCUGUCGGGCCUGACCAAGGAUGGAACCAUGGGUGCAAAGCUGCGCUCCAUUGCCAGCGCCCCCCCACAGCAGCACGUCCUCAGCCUCACCGACAGCCAACUGGAAGACAAACUCUUCAAUGAACUGAGCGCAGUUGUGAAAACUGGGUGCCCGCACCCAAAGACCUGCAUGUGUGAAAGGGGGGAAAGAGGUCACCCUGGAUCUCCUGGGAAACCAGGGGACCUGGGGUCCGAUGGAGCGCCCGGCCCAAAGGGAUCUCGUGGGGAACCUGGUAUUAACGGACGUCCAGGAAUUGAGGGCCUUGAGGGUCAACCUGGGAGCAAAGGGGAAAAGGGAGAACAGGGUGAAUGCGGUGCCCCUGGUAAAAAGGGACAACAAGGUGCAGAUGGACCUCCUGGCCCCAGAGGCCCCAGAGGAGAACAGGGAGCCAUAGGAGGACCUGGAGACCAGGGUCAAGAGGGGCCAUCUGGCUCCAAAGGUGAGCGAGGACCAAGGGGUGCACCUGGACCUCCAGGAGAUAAUGGUGUUGGGUUCCCUGGUGCCAAGGGUGACAAGGGGAACCACGGAAGACCAGGUCCACCUGGACCUACGGGUAUGGGUGAACCAGGGCCAAUGGGACCAGCAGGGCCACCAGGGAUGCAAGGAUCUCCAGGGUUUCCAGGUGAGGGUCUCCCAGGACCCAAGGGUGACAGGGGGUAUGAGGGUCCUAAGGGCAGCCGUGGAUCUCCAGGAUUGGGGUACAAAGGUGAUAAGGGAAACACAGGAGCCCCCGGGCUACCGGGUUUGGUGGGGUUUCCAGGGGCGGGUAUCCAAGGAGAAAAGGGGGACCAAGGGCCUGCUGGGCCUUCUGGUCCCAGGGGACCUCCUGGAUUGGGUAUAGUUGGACCAAAGGGUGACCAGGGUUUCCCUGGUGAACCUGGACCUCAGGGAGAGAGAGGUGUUGGUGAGCCAGGACCAAAGGGGGAGCCAGGACCCGAUGGGGCUGCUGGGAUACCUGGUAUUCCUGGUGAGGAUGGAGCUGCUGGGCCUAAGGGAGAGAUGGGGUUGCCAGGUCUGCAUGGCCAGGAGGGAGCACUGGGUAAAGGUAUCCCUGGAGAAAAGGGAGAUAGAGGUGACCGUGGGCCAAGGGGACUGUCAGGCUCUCCAGGCCCCGUUGGCCCUGCUGGAGCUAAGGGAGAACCUGGCAGCCUAGGAUUGGUGGGAUUACCUGGACCUGCUGGACGAGGUUUACCAGGACCAAAGGGAGAUCCUGGGCCUAUAGGAGCAGCUGGACCAGUGGGAGAACCUGGAAUAGGAAUCAUUGGACCAAAGGGUAUCAAAGGAAAUACUGGGCCUGUUGGGCCACCGGGGAUGAAGGGAGAUGGCCUCCCAGGACCACAGGGACUGCCUGGCUUAGCAGGAGUGCAAGGAGAGACAGGACCUGAAGGGAAAGGACUACCUGGACCUAAGGGUGACAGAGGCUUACCAGGGGUCCCGGGCCCAUCGGGUCCUCCUGGAAUCGGACUUUAUGGACCAAAGGGCUCUACAGGGCAGCCUGGUCCACGAGGCCUCCCAGGACCUCCAGGAGAGGGCAUCCAGGGACCAAAGGGAGAGCCUGGGUUUCAGGGUCCAGUUGGCCCUCGGGGAGCACCAGGGGAUGGGCUUCCAGGAGAGAAGGGUAACAGAGGCAUUCCUGGAGACCGGGGAAAAAAAGGAGACAAGGGAGACUAUGGAGAACCUGGAUCUACUGGACCAAUGGGAAGACCUGGAGAAAAGGGUGAACCAGGACUGACAAGAGAAGAGGUCAUCAGAAUCAUAAGGGAAAUCUGUGGCUGUGGUCUGAAGUGCAGAGAGAGCCCUCUAGAGCUGGUGUUUGUGAUCGACAGCUCUGAAAGCGUGGGACCGGAAAACUUUGAGCUGGUGAAGGACUUUGUGAAUGCUCUCAUUGACCGGGUCUCUGUGAGCCGAGAGGCUAGCCGGAUCGGCGUGGUCCUCUACAGCCACGUGGACAUGGUGGUGGUCAGUCUGCAGCAGCAAUACAGCCAGGAAGAUGUCAAGGCCGCUGUCAGGAAGAUGCCCUACCUAGGUGAGGGCACCUUCACUGGCAGCGCCAUCCACAGAGCAAACCAGCUGUUCCAGGCCUCACGCCCUGGUGUGAGGAAAGUGGCGGUGGUGUUGACCGAUGGGCAGGCCGACCCACGUGAUGUCAUGCAGUUUGAAGAAACAGCCACACAGGCCCAUGCAGAGGGGAUCGAGAUGUUUGUUAUCGGAGUGGUGAACAGGACCGACCCUCUGUCCGAAGAGUUCCAGGCUGAGAUGAACGCUAUCGCCUCUGAUCCCGAUGAGGAGCACGUCUACCUUAUAGAUGACUUCAGGACACUCCCCACCCUGGAAAGCCAAAUCCUGAGUCGGAUAUGUGAACAGGAUGACACGAUGGCCUUUCAACCACAUUCAGUCUUUCCAUCUGUGGAAAUCCACCCAGAGGUUCCAGAGGACAAAGAGUUCCCAGAGGAAGAGAAUAUACAACAUGAACUCACAGUACAGACAGUGGAGGUACCAACUGUACAGCCCCUGGAGUCAGGGUGGCCUGAGGAGAACCUGGUUGAUACUAAACUGUUGGUGGAGCCCUGGAACAGUCUCCCAGAUGUCACAUUUGCCUCCCCCAGUGGCAGAGGGAAGCAGGGCCAUGGGGUGACCUCCCUAGUGGGCCCUCAGACUCCAACUGACUGGCUGCACGAGGCAAAGAGCACUCAGGCUCCUGUCAGCCCUCCUCCUCCACCCCUGACAGACUCGUCAGUGCCAGAUGAAGGCUGCAGCCAGCCUCUGGACCCGGGUCCCUGUCGGCAGUAUGUGGUCAAGUGGUACUAUGACCCCGAGGCCAACGCCUGUGCCCAGUUCUGGUACGGUGGCUGUCAGGGCAAUGCAAACAACUUUGAGACUGAAGUCAACUGCAGGAAUUCCUGUGUCUACACGUAAAAGGCUGUGUUUGGAGAAAAAGGGUGUGUGCAAAGCUAACAUGCUCCAUCCGCGUCACUGAGGACCAGAUUGGACUGAUGACGCAGGUUUUAUUGUUUGACUAGAGCUCAGGCUAGCAGCUGCUGCUGUGAACUGCUGCAGGUGAAGGAGAUGAUGGAGAGCUGACGUGGCCCUCCUCAUUGUCUCUCAGGCUACGUUCACACUGCAGGUGCUCCUUUUGAAUUCUGAAAUGCUGCACACAACAUUAGCUGUCCACUAAGUCUGGAGAACCACUUAUAUCUGCCCAGGAUGUAAACCAACUACGAACCAGUACAAGCUGACAGGACCAUCAUAACCACUAGUUCAGCAUGUCAUCCCAUAUACAACUGGCUUUAUCUUCACUUUCACUUCCUUUCCAUUGUUGUCUAGCUCUAGAGUUGAAUAGCCAAGGGCUGGUAUCACAAAUCAAGAGGAGCUGACUGUGUGUCUACACAGAAGGCGUGGUGAGAGCAGAAUGUUAGCAUCAUGUUAGCAUCAUGUUAGCAGCUUCAGUCCUGUGUAAGUGUGUCUACACAGGAGGUGUUCAGUCCACAGAAGCAUUUAGGGCCCAAAACACAAUCACUGUAGUUACAGGUGGAUUACACGGGAAAGUAGACUCGGUGCUUUGGGAUGUGUUUACAUGCAAACAGUAGGACUGUACCUGUGUAGACUGCUGUGUAGAGAAUGACUGAAGAACACGUCUAACAUGCUUUCUGUGUAGACAUGGCGUCAGCCUGUUACUCUCUGAGUUACAGUGGCGAUCCUGGAUAACUGAUAACUGGCUCAGUUAACUCUGAGUUUUAUAGGGGACCCCUGAAGGUCAGAGUUCUUAAUUACAGGCCAUCACAUCUUCAGCACCACGACUGUAGUUACUCUAAUAUAAAAUGAUAAACAUGACACAGUAUGAUAAUGCAACAUGAAUAGAACAGCUGUAAGAAAAGUAGAAAUAUCCCAAUAUUAGUGUGGGAAUAAUUAAAUUGACCUUUUUAAACAUAGUUGACCUUUUCAAGUAGUCUAGACUAAUAAUUAAUUUUCUAGUUACAUCUAGCUUUUCUUGUUGUUUCAUAAUACCUAAAAAAAACUGAUACACUUACAAACUGAAGAAGAGAAAUUCAUGCCUGGUCUAUCUGACUAAAUAUUUUUAUUAAACUUAGAGCUAAUUAACAGCGUGUACAAUUAAUUUACAGCUAUAAUGACCAUGUAUUAGUCUGUGUGAGUGCUGAGAACUAUUCCUGUUUAAUUAUCAUUCUGUUUAUCUGUAACAACAUCUGUUUGGUCAGUGGUCGGGCUGUCGGCAUCCUGAUCAGGUAACCUGCUCUGUAGCAUACGUUACCAUGGUGAUCUAACCCUGUCCAAAGUGAGUCAGUUUAGUGCUACCUGAGUUAAGCUGGACGACGUAUUAAACUCACAUCAUGAUACAGACCCCAGGACACUUCAUGUGAUUAUAAUCAUUUACCCUGAACACACAGUUCGUAUUUAGACCCCUUCACUUUUUGUUGCAGCCUCAUAGAAAGAAAAACAAUCAUAUUUUCAAAUGUAUUAAAAAGAUAAAAAUGAAAUAUCACAUUGACAUAAAUAUUCAAACACUUUACUGUAACUCACGUUCCUCCAUUUCUCUGGAUCAUCUCUGAGAUGUUUCUUCACCUUGACUGGAGUCCACCUGUGGUAAACUCAGCUGACUGGACAUGUGGAAAGACACACACCUGUCUAUAUAAGGUCUCAAAACAUUCUUGCUACAGGUUGAAGGAAGAAGAAGCACAGUGUCCUCCAUCUGACAUGAAGAAGUCUGGAACAACCAGGACUCUUACCAAGGCCCCUCUCUGCUGAUUGCUCAGUUUGGCUCAGUUUGCGUAGCUGGUUGCUCCACACUUCUUCCAUAAGUACAAAUACACUGAGAUUUAUGAUGAUUUAACAAAUGAACCCUAAAUACUGAUAAUACUAAACAUUAGUGGACAGUGGAAGUGGAUAGAAAAAUGUGCAAAAAGUAAAAAGUAAUGUGCAACUUAGAAUCACAGUGUGGUAAAAAGUGCGAAAAUGGAAACACGCAAAGUAGAUGAAGUGUAAAUCAAGAGCAGAGUAAUGAUGGAGGUGUGCAGACCUCUGUCACUGGAUGUGUCACAGUGCAUCAUGGGGGCAGAGGCAGCUACAGAAUACCAGGUGCCAUGUUUCAGUACAGUGGACAAACAAAAAUGAAUUCAAACCUUACAUCACCAUCUGCAAAUGCCAUCUAUUCCAUGCAGGUUGUUGCGGGACUCAUACUUUACAUACAGGUUUCUGUCAGUUACUAUGACAACCGAUUUUAAACAGUUACCAUCUUUAAAUUGUAUUAUUACCAAACUUCUACCAUGUGAAAAAGAAAAUCAGAAUUGAGGCACUUUCACCUGCAAUGUGAAUAUAGUCAAUUUCCUGUUGUUAUAGACGCAGUUUAUGGAGCCAGCAGUUUAUAAAACAUGUUUUAUUUUAGGGUAUUAAAUUGUGGGGUUUGUCUUUUGUUAUAUAUUGUUUCUGUGGGUCAGUGUUUGUAGGUCAGUGGUGCCUUUAGGGCCUUUCUUUAACCAGACAGACAGUUCUUAACCUGUUUAUGGUAUUUUUACAUGAUGUUGUAGUUACUUCAGUGUUUAUUACUUAACUUUUAUAGUUAAUCUUAACAAAAUCCUUUAAUCUCUAUUAUAAAGAAUGUUGUAUCAAUAGA